GCAACUAUCACGCGAGUGGCGUUUUGGGUGCAUACGGCGCUUACAUGGCAAUGCGCCUCUACGAUUUCUUCGCUAGAAGCAGCCUGAUUACGAAAUCCGCAGCCCCUUCUUCAGCUAGCCGUGCGGCGUACCCUUUCCCAUCGUCUGCUCAUAUUCUGGGAAGUCAAUAUCUACGCAGUCAUUUCAUUUCCGGCACAGCUCUCCAGAUCAUCAACUGUCCUGGCGACACCUCACCCCUUCGUAAAGAUGUUCCAUCUGCCGACCAGCGCAUCGGCAGAGGAUGUCCGGGCUGUCGGCAAACUUAAUUCCUCAGAUUGGGAUCGCUUUAGGAUCAUCACGCGGGAGAUCGCUGAGGAAUGCGUCAAGACCUCUCCCAACACAGGAUGGCGAUUCUAUACAGCGAUUCAACAGAGAGAAGUGAUUAGCCUCAUAAAGUCCAAGCUUGCGACCGAAAACAUAUGGAUUUGGGAGUCAGAAGAGGAUAUCAUUCGUUGGAAGAUGAUGAUCCUGGUGCGAGAUGUGAUCCGCGCGAACAAGACGAGUAACACCAUAUCGCAGACUUCCAAGACAGGGGUGGAAGCAGGAGCUGGGUUAGGAAGCACACGUAGAUUUGACCCUAUCAGAGACAUAUAA